GGUUAUCCAUUGCCACUUAUAAACCAUCCACGAAUAAUAUUAACAUUCAGAUCCUUUCAACAAUAGUAAUAGCAUUCGAUUAUCAAUUUGCAUAUGAGCUAUCAUUUCUUCCCGAAGUAAUAGUCCCAUUUUCAAACAAUAUAUUAUAUGCAAGAGCAACUUUAAGGCGGUAUUGUAAGUCAACAUCACUUCAGAACAUUCAAUAA